CGCCUGUCGGUUUACACGUACAAGGACGCCAGUCUACCAAAUAUCGUGGAGUUCGGAGUCCGGCAGCAUUGAGACAUCCAUCCCUUGGCAGGUAGUGUACGGAGUAGGUAAUAGAGCUCGCUGGAUCUACCUAGAAUAGGUAUAGCAAUUAGGUAAUUCGCCGUGAGACUGGCUAUCCAGUUGCCAGUCUUGAUCAUCAACCCGUGUGUGAACUACUUCUACGCACUCAAAGGGGGCCGUCUUUAUCUACUACCUUGGCAAAGCUUUACUCGAGGAGAUAUUGCCUACAGUAAGGGCCGACUCUGGCCGACCUUCGUUCCUAUCGCUAGUCGCCGUUCUAGUUCACCACUGGAUCAGAAGAUCAUUCCCAUCUCAAGAAAGGUCUGCCUCGGGAUCUGCCGGCCCACCUCCAAACCACCCACCAAGCAUCAUCCCGGGAACUCGGGUUGGCUUUCACGAUGCCGGCCAUAACGGAUUUCAUACAUCGCUAUUUGGGCAAGGAACAAGGCAAGUGCUACCGAAACCUAUGUGACAUCAAUUUCUGUUUCGAACCUGAACUGACCAAACAUGCCAGCCAAACCACCACCGCCAAUCAGCACCGGCACCGCAGCCGCGCUUCUCGUCAUCUACACCCUCAUCUACGUGGUGCCAUUCUAUCUGUCCUCUACCACGCGCCCGUCGAGAACUCUCUCCCGAGAUGCGCCGUCCGUCAUCCGGGCCCGCAUCACCUCCGUCUCUCUGACCUGUGUCGUCUGUUCGCUUAUUACCUUUGUCAUCCUCACGUCGCACGGCCGGGCCACCAAUGGCGAGGCCCUCCGUUCCAUGGGCUACUGGCCGCUGGGCCUCGCGGAGACGGGGAGAUCCCUCCUUCUUACCGCCAUCCUCUUCAGCGGCCCCUUGUACGAGACCCUGCUCGUUGACGGGGCAUGGAGACAGUGGUUGAGUCUGUAUCCCGUAACCAGCCUCUUCAGCAAGUGGACUCGCUGGCGCAAUCUAGUUGCCGGCCCGUUCACGGAAGAGGUUCUCUUUCGCUCGGCCUCCGUGCCGCUGAUGCUCGUCGCCCAGACGUCCGUGGCACGCACAAUAUUUCUCUCGCCGGUGAUCUUCGGCCUGGCGCACUUUCACCACUUCUACGAGUUCCGCGUGACGCACCCGCACGAGCCCGUCGUGACGGGUCUGCUGCGCGCACUGCUCCAGCUCUCGUACACGUCCCUGUUCGGCGCGUAUGCGACUUUCCUGUUCCUGCGCACCGGCAGUCUGCUAGUCAUCUUCAUCGUGCAUGCUUUCUGCAACAUCAUGGGCUUGCCGCGCUUGUGGGGGCGUGUUGAGCCCUCCUAUGACAUGGAUGACGCCGAAAGUAACGAGGGCGAACACGGUGGGAGAGCCGGCGCAAAGAGGACCAGGCCAUCAAUCUUAUGGUCUGUUAUUUAUUAUGUUCUGCUUGUUGCCGGUGCCAUCGGGUGGUGGAGGAAUCUCGGAGUUCUCACUGCGAGCACCAACGCUCUGGUUAAUAUGAAGAUAUAACGAGCAAUAAUACUAUCUCGAGAGACCAUCAGCUGCAUGUCAUGUUAAUUUACACAUUAAUGAAGAUCUAUUCACAGACUAGUACAUUCCACGCUAAUGAGAGGCA